AUGGCUGAUCCUUGGCAAGAAUGCAUGGAUUAUGCAGUUAUUUUAGCAAGAAAAGCUGGAGAGGUAUGUUUAAGGAAAUUUUUUAAUGAUUGAUGUUUUAUCAUGUUUUUAAUAUUCUGUUGGGAGCCACCCAGAGUGGGGAAAUCCAGCCAGAUGGGUGGGGUAUAAAUAAUAAUUUAUUAUUAUUAUUAUAUGCUUUGAAUUUUUGUAAGCACAUAAUUAUUCUGGAAAAUGUAUAUGUCUUGCUUGUACUUCUGUUUAGUACUUCAGCAGUAUAAAAUGAUGGGGUAUUUGCAGAACAAAUAAGGAGACCAACUCCAUUUUAAAAUAUAAAAACAAAGGGAAGGUUUAGAAAAGCAUGAUCAGCCUUGUAAGGAAGUCCAAAAAUAUGGCAGUCAACAACAUGCUCUAAUUCCCUUUUGCUAGACAUUUUUGGAGAGGAGACAAUGAUCACAAUUGGCUGUCUUCAAGCCUGAGCAUGAUAGCUGCUUUCAGAUGAGCUAUUUACUGUGAAAUUGCCAUUCCCCAUCGGCUCACCUUGAGAAGUCAUCCAUAUGACACUGCCAUGCAUUUGUAAUCUUCCCAUUGCCCUUGGUGGUUUCUGGCUUUUUUUCUCUUUUUUUGUACCAGAAAGAAUCUGAUAUGUUCUGAAAAGGCUGGAAUAGUAGCACUUCGGUGGGGAUCGUUCUUUGGAGAGCGCUUUGGAUGUGUUAAGUGAUAUUGAUGGGGCAGAGAGAGCAUGGCACCUCUCCUCAUUUCUGGUGCAUAAGUCCCUGAGCUUCUGCCUGUUCCACAAGGGAGGAAAUGUUUUUGUGCAGCUGACUGAGUGCAUUAAUUUGUUUUCAAAAAGUGUCAUGCAAAUAAUUUUCUUUGCAGGUAGUCCGGGAAGCACUAACAAAGGACAUAGCUAUCAUGAUUAAAAGCUCUCCAGCAGAUCUAGUGACUGUCACUGAUCAAAAAGUAGAAAAUAUGCUUAUUUCUUCUAUAAAGGAAAAAUACCCAUCUCACAGGUACAGAAUAUUUUAGAACUUGAUUUUUUAUUAUCACUGGGGAGAGGAAGGAUGUGUCUGAAGUACAGGUAUGAAACCUUUGGUCCUAGUGGCUCAAAAUAAGCACAGGGAACCUAACAAACUAAUAACAUAGUUUUUUCUACAUUUUAAAUUGUGCUUGUCUUGCAUAACCUCCAUGUAUCACACUUCAAUUCUAGUUAGGUAAGGAUGGGAAAAGGGAGAAUAAUGGAACCUCCAAUACCUGUAGGCAGUAACUAAGGAAGCUUCUUUCAGUUAUGGCAAAAUGGCAGGAUGAAGCAAGGGUGUGGUAGAAGCCAAGAGAAAUGAAUGACAGGCUAUGCAAAUAUGAAGAGGUGGAUCAGAGAGUCAGCAUGGUGUUAUGGUUGCUGCUUAGGUAGGGGUAGCCCAUUUGCCCGGGAUGCAGGCAAGCCACGAUCAUUUGCGGGUGAGCAUACAAGUGAUUUCAGUUACUGCAGGUCAGCAAGAGUCUUAAUUGUAAGAUGGUACGCCAUGCUGUUAGGCCUAUGUGGGAAGAUUAUGUUUUAUUCAAAGUGUUGUGCAUGUAGAACGGGUGAGAGGAUGCCUGCUGUCUAUAGAGACAGAGUUUGCAGAUCCUAAAAAAAGUGGGAAGGUCAGAUAAUAUCUAGCUAGGUAUGGUUGUGACAGCUUCAUAGAUCUGGAACAUGGAUUAUAGGUCAGACACGUUUUAUCAGUGUGGUACAAAAUGAGAAGUGGGCUGCUCCUGUUGGGAGAGAUGAAAUCACUGUCAUGUGGGGAAUAGCCAGGCGAUGGCAAGUCUGGCAGAGAACAGCAAUAUGCACAUGGGCAUCUUGUUUCUCAAGACAGAAGAGCAAGCCUGAUCCAAGAGAUCAGGACUUCCCAACUGACCUGCUGUGACAAAUCUAGCCCUCUUCUUUGGCCAGUGCUUAGGGGAGAUACACAGGAUGAAUCUAUUAACUGACACAUCCCAGUUCUAGGACUCAUUUUAGGUUCAAAGUCUCACAUAGGUGCAAAGGAAGGAUGCAAAAUACCAGUGGUGGCAGAAGGGGCUCUCUCUACUUUAGCAAGUUCUGCUGGGUUAUAUGGGGAGAUCCAAUAUAGUGGAGCUUUCCAGUGCAACCUCAUUGCUUACCAAGCAUUUAUAACAGAUAUGUAGCAGAAAGCAUUGUAUCAUACAACACAUAACUACUUUGUGGAAUUCACUCCCACAAGAUAUUGUAAUGAUCUCUGGCUUAUGUGACAUGAAAAGGAGAUCACAAAAAGACAUGAAAGAUGGAGUUUUGUAGACACACCAGGACAGAGGCAGUAGUGGGGAAGGUUGUUGCAUUCCUGUCCUCUUUGUGAGCUGUCCAGAGUCAUCAACAGACCACUGUGGGCUGCCAGGACUACAUCCUGCCUAGUCUAGUAAGCUGAAAUAAAUACGACCAGGCUCCUUAUAUUUCCUGUGCAUAAAAUGAAUCUGUACCAUGGAGAAUGGGAUGUUCCAUAAAUGAUUUGUUGGAUGAAUGAUCAUUUUUGAAGUUGUGACAUUUUAAGAUCUAUAUGUGACAGGUGUAAAUCCUGUAUAUGUUUGUUUGUUUAUUUGUUUGUUUGUUUUUUAAAAAUGUCCCUUUAGUUUUAUUGGAGAAGAAUCUGUUGCUGCUGGUGCAAAAAGUACCUUGACAGAUAAUCCCACUUGGAUUAUUGACCCUAUUGAUGGAACUACUAACUUUGUUCACAGGUAUGUUUUUUGCAUCUUUCUCUUAGAGUCACGGUGGGCGUGUUUAGGUGUCACAUUAAAUCACAGACCGAUCACACCCACUUCACUCUUCCCCACUAGCACUGGGAAGAAACAAACUAUGAUCUCAUUCUCAGCAUUACAUCAACCAGGGAGUACAGUUUGGUUUGCUCCAAACAAACCACCAUAUCUAAGCAAUGUUUCUCCUUGACUUCUUGAUCAUAGUUGGGGGUUUUUUAAGUCAACUAAAUUGCAGUCUUUGAUUUGGACAUCACAUUAAGCCAUGCUUUGUUUCUCCCCUGUGGAAAUAGUGAAGCGAGCAUGAUUGACUUGUGCAAGAUACCUCUCUGCUUUCCCCCCUCUGGAAUCAGAGUAAGAUCUUUGUGCUGUGCUGUGAGAUGGUCAUGUUAGACUUUGCUUUCCAGUUUGUAUUUUAUUAGGAGUAGCUAGUUAAAACAUUGCCUUAGUUCUCUAAUUUACAGUUGAACACAUGCUGCCUGUCAAUCAUGAACACUAUGCCUCUGAGCUUACAAGUGCAAUAUGCUUAUCUCUUUGGUUUUCAAGGUUUCCCUUUGUGGCUGUUUCAAUUGGCUUUGUUGUAAAGAAACAGGUAACUUAUCAUUUCUUUUUAACAUACAGUAAAAAAGUAAAAUACUACCAUUGCAGCCUACACACAAAAUGUAAACUUUUUUUAAAGGCGUAAAACCCCCCUAUGAUAUUGCAUUUGUCUGGUUGCAGAUGGAAUUUGGAAUUGUAUACAGCUGUGUAGAAGACAAAAUGUACACCGGCAGGAAAGGAAAAGGAGCAUUUUGCAAUGGGCAAAAGCUCCAAGUAUCAAAGCAACAAGGUACGGCUUUUGCAUUAAUAUAGCAGUAUGACUAUACAAAAUUGGGAGAGUGAUGGGUCAGAUUCAACUAACCUGGUGCCCCAGCAGAAUGACUCCCACUAGCACAACAGGGCUUCUCCACCUCUCACUGUGCCUCCCCCAGAUCCUACUGUAAAGGGUAAAGUGAACCCUCAGGAUAGUGAUCACAGGAAGGAGAGGGGAGAUAGUUAUUUCCAGCAAGCAGAAAUGCCUGUGCUGACAGAAUGGUCAUCUUAGCACAAUGUUGAAUUUCACCCUGUGGAUUGAGAAUUGCAAAGACCCAAUUGUUGACUUAAAUUUAUUUUAGAUGUACAGUGGUACCUCGGUUUACAAACUUAAUCCAUUCCGGAAGUCCGUUCUUAAACCAAAACCGUUCUUAAACCAAGGCGCGCUUUCCCUAAUGAGGCCUCCCACCACCGGUGCCCUUCCACCGUUCGGAUUCCGUUCUUAGAAUGAGGUAAAGUUCUCAAACCAAGACACUAUUUCCGGUUUUGCAGAGUUUGUAAUCCAAAUCAUUCUUAAACCAGACUGUUCUUAAACCGAGGUACCACUAUAUUAGAAUAGAAUUCAUUAUUUCACCCAGAGAACGCUAUCCUGGAGACUAGAUCAUUCAUGUGAACAAAAUGUGAUGAGUGUUUUUCCAUACUAGCUUCACUGUUCAUUUUACGUAUUAUCUGUAGGAAUAAUUUUCAGCUCAGAAGACCAUAGAGAACCUUUGGGUGCAUAGUGAAAUCUGCUCCUUCAAGUAAGGUUGAGGCAGCAGUGUUGGCCCAUGUAUCAGUCUUGUGCUUAUUUUUUGAUCUUAUUAGAGACCAUAUGUUCACCAAAGGGCACUGUAUAAAUUCAGGUAAGUGCAGGAAGCAGAGGCCAAAUCCUGACACCCUUAGCGUGUUACAUGCAAAUUUCUAUUUAUUUGCAGAUUUAUAAACCGCUUCACAACCAAAAGUUAUUGAAGUGCUGUACAGUAAAGUAAGAUAAAAGUACAAAAGAUCAUGAACUCUGUGAGCAAAAGGCAGUAAAACCAUUUGUAUGGAUAUUAUAUAAUGGUUUAAUGAAUUAUAUGUUGCGGGGGGAACAUUGUGUGAGUACUUUUCUUAAACACUCACUGUUUUUCCUUUGAGCUACAACAACCAAAUCUGAAUUAAAGUAAUGGUCAGACUUGUCUACCUUUCCUAACCCCCCAACCUCUCUACAGAUAUUACAAAAGCACUCUUAGUGUCAGAGUUGGGAUCCAACCGUGAUCCAGAGGUUAUCAAAACUGUGCUUUCUAACAUGCAAAGACUACUGAACAUUCCUAUUCAUGGGUAUGUCUUCUUCUUCUUGCUGUUUGUUUAUUAAAUUAAUCAUACUGUCCUGCAUCCGGUCACAGAGCAGUUUAUGCAUGCCAUUACCGAAAAACAAUAACCCUCCCUCAAGGAGUUUAAAAGGCCAUAAAAGUGAAGGUAAAGGGACCCCUGAGCGUUAGGUCCAGUCGUGGACGACUCUGGGGUUGCGGUGCUCAUCUCGCUUUACUGGCCGAGGGAGCCAGCGUACAGCUUCCAGGUCAUGUGGCCAGCAUGACUAAGCCGCUCCUGGUGAACCAGAGCAGUGCACAGAACACCGUUUACCUUCCUGCCGAAGCGGUACCUAUUUAUCUACUUGCACUUUGACGUGCUUUCGAACUGCUAGUUUGGCAGGAGCUGGGAUCAAACAACGGGAGCUCACCCUGUCGCAGGGAUUCGAACUGCUGACCUUCUGAUCGGCAAGCCCUAGGCUCUGUGGUUUAGACCACAACACCACCCGCAUCCCUUUAAAAGGCCAUAGAUUGUUGAAUUAGCCAAAGGCCUGGAAGAAGAAAAUGUUUUGGCCUAGUGCCUAAAGAAAUGUAAUAAAGGUGUCAGGCAAGCCUCCCUGAGGAGAGCAUUCCACAAGUGGGAAGCCACCACACAAAGGCCCAUUCCCAUGUUACCGCCGUCCAGGUAUCUCACAGACAAGGCACACAAAGAAGGUCCUCAGAUAAUGAUUGCAGGGUCUGCAGUGGUUCAUAUGGAAAGAGGUGGUUCUUGAGGUAUUGUGGUCCUCAGCCGUUUAAGGCUUUAUUGGUAAAAACCAGCACUUUGAAUUGAACCAGAAACUCAUCGGCAGCCCGUACAGUCAGGCCAGGAUUGGUGUUAUAUGCUCAAACUUUCUUGCCCUGGUAAGCAACCUGGCUGCUGAAUUCUGCGUCAGCUGAAGUUUCCUAACUGUCUUCAGAGGUAACCCCACGUAUAACAUGUUGCCGUAAUCUAACCUAAAGGUCUAUGCUCUGGCAUAGAUGACAGAAGUUAGGCUAUCCCUGUCCAGAUAGGGGCGCAGCAGGGCCACAAGCUGAAGCUGAUGGAAGGCACUCUUGAGAUCUACAUGGCAUCCAAGAGGCUUGUUUAGAAUGAGGCAUAACUUAAUUUUUUUAACAAAUAGUCUUUAAAACUGUAGUGUUGGCUAUCCUUUCUUUAAAAAUGUUUGCUUGUAUGUGUAUAACAGCAUAUUUCAGUUGAUGCAGGAAGGCGAGGGCAAGGCAGAGAACGUCAAUGUUUAUAGCAGUUAAGUGAGCCUAAUCUGGUGUUCUGUCGUGAAUGUCCUGGCCAAAAGUUCCACAAGGGGGCACUAUUAAGAAACCAAAAAGUUGGCUAUUCUAAAGUGUUUAAGAGGUCACACAUAGUGGGGGGUUAUAUAUAAUUUAGGACAUAAUGGAGGAAUGGUAUGAUGCAGCAGUGUGCUCCUAUUAAUAAUAUGCAGCUAUUGAGUUAGAUCCAGACUGAGGCUGCCUUCCUAAACUCACAUACUUGGGAAUAAGCGCUAUUCAUCCCAAUAGGAUUUACUUUUGAGAAGACACGAUUUCACAAGACCUAAGUUGAGUCACGACUAACUUAUCUCACUGAUUUCACUGAAAGAGACCAAGGUCAAAUGAUUUGGUUUGCAUCUGCUUCUUUUGCAUUUCAAAUGACUGGUGAUUGCUGUGAAUAUUUUAAUGUGAAACUGCAGGGUUUGAAUUUGUUGCGAUAAUAUACUUUCUCUGUUUUAGCAUUAGAGCAGUUGGGACUGCAGCCGUAAACAUGUGCCUGGUGGCAACAGGAGGAGCAGAUGCCUACUACGAGAUGGGCAUUCACUGCUGGGAUAUGGCAGGGGCUGGGAUUAUCAUUAUGGAAGCGGGCGGAGUGCUGCUCGAUGUCUCAGGUAAAAUAUGUUGGGAAUGUAGCAAGACCAGUCGAUUUCUGCUUUCUUAACUGAGGGAUGUGCAUUUGUGAUGUGGAAUUCUGAUUGUGUUCUAUGUCUUUAAUGGCUGUCAGUUUAGUAAAUAGUAGGUGGGGCUUUAGAAUUUGAGUGUACAGUGGUACCUCGCAAGACGAAUGCCUCGCAAGACGAAAGAGUUUUUCGUUUUUUGAGUUGCUUCGCAAGACGAAUUUCCCUAUGGGCUUGCUUCACAAGACGAAAAACGAAAACGUCUUGCAAGUUUGUUUCCUUUUCUUAAAACCGUUAAUACCCAGGGUGACUUCAAGGAGCAACUCAUAGCACGCGGUGUGGUAGCCUUUUUUGAGGUUUUUGAAGACUUUGGUGAUUUUGAAGACUUUGGGAAACCGUGCUUCGCAAGACGAAAAAUUCGCAAGACGAAAAAACUCGCAGAAUGAAUUAAUUUCGUCUUGCGAGGCACCACUGUAUUCCAUCCAGUGGAUUGUCAGGGUCUCAAGUUUUUGCAGGAUUUAACCCACUACUUUUGUCCUAGAAAACACACCAGAUUAGUAUGACUAGCAGACAGGGGUUGCCUGAACUGUAAACCACUAUGCAAUCUUCAGAUGAAGGGUGGCAUUAUAUGAUGAUGAUGAUGUUACUUUGGAGUGGUCCUUAAUAAAUUUUCACAUGGCUUAUCCAGAGUAUUUUGAUAAUUUCUGUAUAGCUAAAACCCUGCUUCAUAAUAUUAGUUCAUAAACAACACUGUAAAUCAGUUGUGUUUGUUGUUUUUUUUUCAUUCCUAGGGGCACCAUUUGAUUUGAUGUCAAGAAGAAUAAUUGCUGCAAAUAGCCAAGUACUAGCAGAGCGGAUAGCAAAAGAGAUUCAGAUCAUUCCCUACCAAAGGGAUGAUGAAACAAAUUAA